ACUCCGGUAUAGAGUCCAGGUUCGGUGGGUGCUUAGCACAACACCGUACUGUACACACGCGCGUAUCUCUCAGUGCUGCAUUGGCGCUGUGUUGUCGCACUUGUCGUCAGACACAUAGACACCGAUCUGUAGCAAACCGAAGCACACGUAUGACAUUAGACUCAUGGCAACACAAGCCUCACGGAGUAAAUUACCGGACCGUGGCCCCCAUUGUCAAACAUAGGAAAUUCACAGCAACACACGCGCAACAGGGACAUGUCUAGGGCCCAGCAUAUCCCUCAGAACCGGAUAUAAAGGCUCAAUCGCUCCUCUCUCGGAGCUCAACAACAAUCACCAACCCAUCCGCAUCCACACCACAGAUACAAUCAACAGCAUCAGCACUAUGCGCUUCACUCUCGCCACCGCUUCGGUUCUCUCCCUCCUGGCUCUGGCCACGGCUCGCGUCAUCAGGCGGGAUAUUCCCACCAUCAUCCAGGAUCUGACUCAGGUCAACACCGACAUUGGUUCUCUGAGUGCUGCCGUCUACAGCUACUCCGGAGGCUUGCCCGCAGCCCUCGAGAUUCAGACUCAGGAGGCCGCCGUCGAGCGGUCCCUCGACCAGGCCUCUGCCGACGUCAACGGCACUGCGGUCUUCACGGCCUCGGAGAGUAGCCGGGUGACUGAGGCUCUGACCCAGUUGGAGCCGGUCAUGCGCAGCUCCAUCGCAGCUUUGGUCAUGAAGCGGAAUCUCUUCAUCACCGCCGGCGUGGGAAGCACCAUCCGGACCAACCUCCAUGCGCUUCGGGUCAAGACCGAUGGUCUGUCCGUGGCCCUGCAGGCCAAGGCGGCCGGAGCCGACAAGGAAACCAUCCGUCAGGGAACCGGUGAUGUUGAUGAUGCGUAUGACAACGCCAUCGAUGCCUAUGACAUGCAAAUGUAGGGCCUGGUCCCAUAGCUAGUCAUGGCCAUCCACGAUGCCGGGUUGGGGGGAUGGUAUGGUUGGCAUAGUGAGAGUCAGGACUCAAAAUGAGGUGCAGACACUGUCGGAAGAGUUUGCUUGUUCGAGUAUCGCACGGGUUAGUGAAAGUCAAUCAGAUUGUCUUUAAAUGAUCCCUCGGGACGACACUAGAGUAAUGCAAGUUACUAGUCUCCUUCUGUUUGAGCUUUCGU